AUGAAUGUUGUGCUACACAUGCUAUCCGUCCGAAAAGCAGAGGAGAAAUUUGGUUUUGAGAUCCUAAGGAAUAAUGAAAAUAAUCGACCAUGUCAAAGUCCUCGUCAUCGUGUUAUCAUUUGUAGCAGAGACAAGUUCAACUACUCCACGGAUCAAGAUAAGCUUCUUGUUUCUCUCUUCUUCCAUGGAGGUGGCUAUUUCAACACUAGUUCGUCUUAUUGGAAGGGCUUUGAACAACUUAAGAUACUGGACUUGGAAGAUUUUGGGUUGAAGAUUUUACCGGAAAGUAUUGGCACAUUGAUUGAAUUACGAUACUUGGGAUUGAGAAACAAUUACUUGCAAGAGCUCCUAGAGUCGUUGGGGUGGUUGAAAAAGCUUGAGGUUCUUGACAUAGCUCAAAACUUUAUGGUGAAGGUGCCAGAUAUUAUACGGGAAUUGAGUAGCCUUCGCCACCUCUACUUGUUUGAUGUGAUUUUCCGGAAGCCAUUGAAGAUAGAUGUGCUUCAGAAUCUGGAGACCUUAACCUAUGUCUCGGCUGAUAAUUGGACACAUGAGCGCUCUGUCUAUGGAAAUUUGUUUAGUCUUAAGAAAUUGGGCAUUGAAGAAUUGAAUGGAAACUUAGAUGUAAGCAAGCUCUUUACAUCAUUAGUUGAUUUGAAGAAUCUUAAUCAUCUAAUCUUAAGAGGGUAUCGUUUCAGAAGCAUGCCUUGUUUGGAUGAUCUUUAUAUUUUACACAGGCUCAAAACACUCAAAUUGGAUGGAUUCCUUGCCACGCUUCCGACAAGUUUCCCUCCAUAUGUUGAAUCGUUGACGUUGGUUAAUAGCUGUCUUGACGAAGACCCGAUGCCACUACUAGAGAAGCUACCCAGGUUAACCCACCUCAAGUUGCGGAAAGCAUACACCGGUCAACAAAUGGCUAUCUUGGAACACGGCUUUCCCGAGCUUCGAGUCCUUUGCAUGGAAGAGUUAUGGAAUCUGAGAAAUGUGCAGUGUGGAAGAAAUGCAAUGUAUUGGCUCAAGAAAUUAGAAAUCCAUGGUUGUCCAUAUUUGGAUACCCUCUCGAAAGUGAUUGGGUCGAUUUUAUAUUUGAAGGAGAUAAAGAUGGUGACAACCAAAAGCAUUGCAACAAAGAUCAAGAAUUCAUACUUAGUCUCCAAUAUAGGGAUCGUGAACAUCAAUCCAUGA